AUGGACCACCAUCAAAAGCAAGAGCCCAAGGACAAAUCCAUAGAAGAAAUGAGUAAUAAUGUUGAGCAGACUUUUACAUCGGUGCACACCGAGGGGAGUAAAUCCCUGAGACAAAGCCCUUACAUGACAACAGCUGCCAUGAUAAAGUUCACCAAUUUGCAAAAGAAGAAAAGGUCCACGGCUACCGAGUCACAGGACUCAAAAACCAUUGUCAGUUUGGAGGGGCCUUAUGGUUUGGGCAACAUUACAUUCCCUGCCUUACAGCGUUUUAAUAACAUUCGCUUCUUCCUGCUUUUGUAUUGUACCCUGGUCAUGUGUCAAGGUGCUGUGUUUGGUCUCGUACAUCUGAGUACUGCCACUUUUGCAAAGGAAUACUAUCUGGGGAGGUCAACAAAAUUAGCAUUGUCCCUCACUUAUGACAUUUCAUCUUGUCUGCUAGUAUUAUUUGUAGCCUACUAUGGAGGAAGAGGAAGCAGAACGAAGUGGGUUGCCAUUUCUUCCUUGUUAGUAGGCUUUGGAGCAAUCUUAUUAGCUAUUCCAAACCAGAAAGUUACAAAUUUAAAGCCAUCUGAAGGUGCUGAAGCUAUGUGUAAAGACCUGAAGGAUUCUGAUGGUUGUCCCAAACACAAACAAGCAUUCCAGUCAAAAUUUAUAUCUUUCUUUAUCCUCGGGCAGACUCUACAGGGAAUGGCAGCACUGCCUUUGUAUAUCCUUGGGAAGAGCUUUAUGGAUGACAGUGUUCCUCUGCAUUCUACUGGCAUCUACUUAGGCUUCUGGUGGCAAUUGGUCCUGUCUGCUCAGAGGGGAGGACUCUCUGAGGCUCUGGUGGGGUUCCAGAGGACAGGGAUGGGAGUGCAUGGUCAGUUGGCCUGGUGUGUGCAAGUGCAUGGGGGUAGUGGCAAGUGUGAUGGCGUUUCCAAGCCUGGAGAUGCUUGUGGAGCUACUCUGGCUUACCUGCGCACAGGGCUGCUGUCCACUGGGAUAGCGAUCCUGAACCUGCAGGCAUGGGUGCAGCUACUCUGGCCUGCCUGGGUCCGCACCAGAGGAUGUGGGGUGGCAGUCAGUGGGACGACAUUCCUGAGCCUGGACCACGGGUGGAGAUACGCUGACCUGCCUGGUCUGCGCGUAGGGGUGCAGGUUGGCAGUGAGAGCGACGGGGCUCCCAAACCUGGUCUUGGGGAAGCCUCUGAAGUAUUUGGAUAUGGUUUAGGAAUUGCAAUAGGAUCUCCACAGCUGACGAUACAAAAGAGAAAUGAUUCUUAUGAAAAGGAUCAAGAAAAUGAUUCUGAUCCUGAUCAAACUACUCGUCAUCAAAAUAAUGAGGAUGAUGAAGUUGUAUACUGGAAAGUCAGCUGGGGGGCUUGCUUUAUUUCAGCAUCUGUUGUGGCAUGGAGUACAUUUUUACCACUUUUAUGUUUUCCACAUACUAUACCAGGUACAUUCAAGAUAAGAGCUGUGAAAGAAAAACAACUCCCAUUGUUCGACAGGAAGCUUAAAGAUGUAGUAUUGGGACCUUAUUUGAGGGACUUGUUUCGUGCAGUUUGGGCUUUGAUGCAAAAUCCAAUGAUGAUGUCCCAAGCUUUCUCUAAAGCUUCAGAAUACCUUGCUUUCAUUGGUGCUUCAGAAUUUAUGCCCAUAUAUAUAGAAAAUCAGUUUUUGUUGUCGCCCUCACUGGCAACGAUGCUUACAGGAAUUCUUUUAAUUCCAGCAGGUGCACUUGGCACAUUUCUGGGAGGUUUCAUUGUUUCCAAGUUAGAAAUGUCUUAUAGAUCCCUAAUGCGAUUUACAAUGGCUACAUCUACCAUAGCAGUUAUAUUUCUUUCAUUGGUGAUAUUUGUGUCCUGUGAAACAGUGCCAUUUGCUGGGAUCAAUGAAAAUUAUGAUGGAACAGGUGAACUGGGAAACCUCACAGCUCCUUGCAAUGCGCACUGUGGUUGCUCCUCUUCCAUCUACUCUUCAGUAUGUGGAAGGGAUGAGGUGGAAUAUUUCUCUCCCUGUUUUGCAGGCUGUGUCAUGUCUAAACAUAUAAAUGAAAGAAAGGUAUUCUACAAUUGUUCUUGCAUUAAACAGGGUCUGGGAACUUCAGAGGAGGCUGAAUUUGUUGAUGCCGUUGCUGGGAAAUGUAAUACAAGCUGUUAUAAGUUACCUUUGUUUUUUGCUUUCAUGUUUUGUUCAAUUGUUUAUUGUAGUUUAUCGAUUAUACCAAUCAACUUGAUUAUCCUCCGGACUGUGCCUGAAAAACUACGUUCUCUGGCCCUCGGUUUGAACUUUUUUAUCUUCCGAGUCUUUGGAACAAUUCCUGGACCGCUGAUUUUUAAACUGAUGGCAGAAACGUCUUGUACUUUCUGGGAUGUUAGUCAAUGUGGAUUCAAAGGACAUUGCUGGAUCUAUAAUAAGACAAAAAUGGUCUACAUAUUGGUAGGAAUAUGCUUUCUUUGCAAAACCUGCAGUGUCUUCUUCACUGCCAUUGGAUAUUAUGCAUCGAGCUCGUACGAAGAGGAGAAUAACGACGGCAUCCCACUGCUUGUGAAGAAAGCGAAAGCAGACCAAAAAUCUCAUGCACGAUCCUACUCCAGAACUGCUGGCAAAGCUGUCUGCACAUCCUUCCUGUUCUUCAAAGGAGCCUCAAUUUACGUUUCAGCCAACAUAGCAAUUCUCAGGACAUCUUUUACGGAAACAGACUGGCCAUCUCCAGACCUCUCCUCCUCGGUGCAGCCCCUGAUAUGCCGACGCUGCACUGCAGUUGUAGAGCGGACAUUUGCCAAAGCUUCUACGAAAUCAGUGGUCAGCUUUCGCAUGGGCACCCCGGGGGAUCACGGGCCCCAGUGCCCGGGCUCCGGGAAGGGGAGCGCGCGGGCCGGCUGGGGACCUGCUCACCUGGCGGCGCGGGGCGGGGUCGCGCUCGGGCCGGGAGGGAGCCGGGGGCAGCGCCCGGGGCGCCGGCGGUGGGCGGGCUGCGGACCUGUCCAGGGCGGGGCCACGACGCCCUCGCGGAGCCCGGGGCCGCUGGCAGCGAGCGCCCAGAACCCCUGCUAG